AUGAAAGAACACACUGGUGGAAAGCCGCCACAUCGACUCACCCCAUAUGUUGAGGUUCUAUCAAUAAGAGUGAAUAAAUCCAACAAAGCUGCAGCACACCUAAAAAAAUGUCCACAGUUUGCUGAGCAGUACAGUGAAGAAGCUAGGUCAGAGAUCUUGUAUGGGUCAGAUGAAGACCAGAGCAUAGAAACCUCUUCAAUCGCAAAUUCAAGCACAGUCAGUCGCAGUCUUUCAAGUUCCUCUGAGGUGACCACAAUGCCACAUAAACCCCCUUCUCACUCUGUGUGUCAUUCAAGAAAUCGAUUAUUAAAAGGUCCUAUUGAGAACUAUCUUGUCCGUGAUUUAAAUUCAGCAGAAUAUGUAAUUUUUGAACACCACCUUUUGAAAGCUACUGUCAGUAAUGGGUGGGCAUUUAGGUGGAUUGAGAAUCCUGAGGUAAUAGCACUUUUUAAAUUUCUCAAUCCGGUAUUGUCUUUACCUGGACGUCGCGCCCUUGCUGGUCGUAUACUUUCAUCGCAUAGUGCAGAAUUGCAGCGAAAACAGGUUGUUGAUGCAAAAAAAGAAGAAAUCGGGAAUACUCUGGCAUUUGAUGGGUGGAAAAAUGUCAAUCAUCAGGAAAUAUUAGGAAGUGUUUUAAUUACAGGCAAAGGAAAGGUUCUCAUAUGGGGUGCGGAAGAUAUUUCAGGGGAUGGUGGUUGUGCAAUAGAUGUAGUCAAACAAAUCAGAAACUUUUUCAUGCGAGCAGAGAGCGAUGGUAUUAAAAUCAUUGCAGUGGUCACAGACAGUGCCUCAGCCUAUGCAGCAGCAAGACGACAAAUGCGAUUAGAAUAUACCAGCAUAGUCUUUCUCCCUUGUUUCGCACAUCAAGCAAACUUAUGUGUCGCAGACAUUUUCAAGUCGUCGCCUCAAUAUAAAGUUGCGUCAUCAGGAGCUGUCACGAUUGUGGCGUAUUUUACAGAUAAUAGACAUUCUUCUUGGAUUAAUAAGCUGCAUAAAGAGCAGAAAGCAUUAUAUGGAAAAUAUUAUGCUUUAGUAAGGCCAACUCAAACACGGUGGAAUAGCUAUUAUUUCUGCUUUGCCUCACUAGUCCGCAGUAAGAGAGCUUUAAAAGCACUUGCUUUGCGGCAUCAAAACCUACCAAUAAAUAUUCUAACACUAUUGGAAGACAAUGCAUGGUGGCAGAUGAUCGAAGAAUUGGAGUCACAUUUAUUGCCAUUCAUGGCGAUACUCAACCAUCUGCAACGUGAUGUUGCAUGGUUGUCAGAUGUUCUUCAUGCAUUUGCCUAUUUCAUGCAAUUAUAUAAGCGUGGGCAAGACGAUUUCAGCAGGAAUAUGGUCCGCUGUCUAGAGUCUCGUUGGAAGCAAUGGGAGCAACCAUUGCUCAUUAUAGCUUUCUUCCUUCAUCCCAAAUACCGUCAUAGUGUCUUCAAUAAUAAUCUUUCUUCACUUAACUUACCCCAAAUUGGCUUGUGGGUCCAAUACUAUUAUAAAGAGUGGUUCAAGACACGGCCAUCUGUUAUCCUAGCGGAACUCUCAAGAUUCGCCAAUAAAGAGUAUCCGUUUGACGAUGAUACCGCCUCAAACUUUGACGAUAUUCAAGAAUAUUGGAAGUUUACAAUAGGAGCGACAAAGGAGUUAGGCAUUCUUGCAGUUCGGAUAUUUUCGAUUUGCGUAAAUUCUGCGUCAUGUGAACGCUUAUUUUCGUCGAUGGACUUUAUACAUUCAAUACGGCGCAAUAGAUUGCAGCUUGGAAAAGUUUUCUCAAUGGCACAGAUGCGGGCUGAAAUAAUUUAUAAUCGUUCAGUUAAGAUGUCGCAAGAGUUAGAACAACGCAUACGUGCAAAUACCAUCAUACAUAAUGCUGAGAAUAAUGAAUCUCAUCAAGAAAAUCCUUCUGACAGCUACGAAAUUUCUGCUGAAGUAAUAGAGAUUAAUGACGAAAAUGAAGAGACAACUGUCAGUGACAGUUGUGAAUAUGAUGUUGAUGCAGAUAGCGAAUGGAAUACUGUUCUUAGCAACUGGUCAGAAGCCCUCGCUAUUGAAUAUGAUGAAGGUCUUGUGUCUGAAAGUCUGACAGAACGUCUAAACCAUCCUGCGGACGAUUCGAGUGCAAAAUGGUGUCUCGCUGACUUAUUCAUUGUCGAAUUGCCAGUGCCGUCAGCAAUAAACAAUCUUCAACUAAUCUACAAUAUGGAAUAA